AUGGCCCUUCCACCUUCGACCGCAAACUGGCAUUGGAAAAACAAAAACGUCACAAAAUGGGGGAAAGAUUGGUUCGAGCAAGAGUUGCUGGCCGUUCGCGUAAAGGGAGAAAAAGAAGGAGAAGAAUUGUUUAUUUCUGAUGUUAAAGAAGUAGAUGGUGACAUUGAGCUCGGUCAGAGGAAGAGCAAGUUGAUUACAAUCUACGACUGCAAAAUCAGUCUGGCAUUCGAAGGGACCGCUUCCGAUGGGACAUCUGUUCAGGGAACGAUUCAAAUUCCUGAAGUCUCUCAUGAAAUUACAGUCGACAAGACGUCAGACUACUCUUACUACUGGUCUCCUUCUGCCUCCUCCCCUACAGUGGACGCUCUCAUUGCUCAAAUGCGCAAGUCGUUCCCUCCGAUCCUAGAAGAAAUAUUUGCCAGAUUCCCAGCUGCGAUGAUCGAUACUCAUGGAAAAGAUCUUACCGUGAGCGCAGAUCCAAGUCGGGCGGGUACCCCUGCACCUGGAGCGUCGUCCUCUUCGGCUUCCGGAACAGCAGCAGCACCCACUACUGCUUCCGCCACAACAUCAGCUAAAGUAGAGAAGAAGGCAGGAAAGGUGAACACGUCGACUGUAGAAGUAGAAGCUACGCUGGUAGCCACUGCGGAUGAUUUGUUUAGCCUCUUGACGGAUGAGAAGCGGAUUCCGAUGUGGACUAGAGCUCCUGCCCAGUCUGCCGCCAAAGCUGAUACGGACUAUUCGCUUUUCGGUGGAGGUGUUAAAGGAAAGUAUAUAUCAUUGGAACCUCCGAAAAAGGUUGUCCAGACUUGGAGUCUGUCGAGUCCUACGUGGCCCGAAGGACACGCCGCCACAUUGACGACGACUCUUGACCAGUCUUCUGAAUCGACCAAGGUUACAUGGGUUCUGCAAGGUAUUCCAAAAGGUCAGGAAGAUGAAAUCAAAAAUAAUUUGGAGGGCUACUAUAUCCAUGGUUUGAAAUCCAUCGGACUGGGAAGUAUUCUUUGA